AUGAAUUGGUUAAAAGAUUUAUUAAAACGAUUUGGAAAAUCUUAUUUAAGUUUAAGUCGAUUUCAAUGUGAAGAAGUUUUAGAUGAAUUAAGUAAUUUAUCAGAUGAACAGAAAAAGAGUUGGAGAGUUUAUUGUUUGAUUGGUCGUGCUAGAUUUGAGAUGCUUGAUUAUAAAUCUGCGGAGAUCGCAUUCAAGAAAGCACGUGAAGCAUUCCCACAUCUUGUGACACAUAUGGAUAUUUAUUCAACUCUUCUUUGGCAUUUAAGAAAGACCACUCAUCUAUCAUACUUAUCACAAGAAAUGCAAUUAAUCAAUCCAACUGCACCCGAAACAUGGAUAGCCACAGGAAAUCUGUUUAGUAGAUUAGAUGAUCAUCCGAAUGCAUUAAAAUCAUUUAAAAGAGCCACUCAACUUUCUACAAGUAAUGAAUAUGCAUAUACAUUAUCAGGACAUGAAUGUUUAAUCACAUCAGAAUAUUCUAGAAGUUUGAUCUUCUUUCGAGAAUCAUUGAGAAGAAAACCGAUAAAGAAUUAUACAGCUUAUUUUGGAUUAGGUGAAUGUUAUUUUAAACAAGAAAAGUUUAAAUUAGCACAUUAUUUUUUUCAUCAAGCUUAUCAAAUCAAUGAUCAAAACCCAUUGAUAAUUUGUGGGAUUGGAAAAGUAUUGGAAAAGAUGGGAGAAGAAAAAGAAGCCAUUAAGGUUUAUGGGAUCGCUUUGGAGAUUGGAAACCGAUUGGGGAAUCGGUUUAGUCAUGGAAAUGGAGUUGGUGGAUGUGAUUCGAUUGUUAGGUUUUCUAGAGCUAAAGUUUUGAUUGGAAUGGGAGAAUAUCAAGCAGCUAAACUGGAUUUAAUUGAAUUGUUAAAAACUGUACCAACUGAAUAUAAUGUAAGGUUCUUGUUAGGUAAAGUCUAUGGGAUCUUAGGUGAUCGGAAGAAUUGUAUUAAACAAUUAACUUAUGCACAAGAUUUAGAACCUAAAUCAGCUGGAUCGAUUAAGAAGAUCUUGAUUGGAUUUCAAGAUGAAAGUAAGAAUCAAAAGGAAAGAUUGAUGGAAUUGAAUGAGAAUUCUUCGGUUUCGAAUUUGGAUCAUCAAGAUGAAAGAAGAAGAGAUGAUGAAAGGAUUGGAGAUUUAUCGAUUUAUAGUGUUUAA